CCCGAGGUCCUGGAAACUCCCCAUUCCCUCUCUUAUCCCUUUCGUUUUCCUCGCCGGCCCCAUGGCGGCAGCAGCGAUGGCCGCCUCCUCCCUUACACUUCUUCUCCUCCGCUGCCCUAACCGACAGCCCUCCUCCUCCCUCCUCCGCUUUCCUUCACGCUUCUCCUGCUUUCUCCCCUCCUCUGCUUCCAUCUCUGUGUCCCACUUCCACGCCUCUCUCUUUGCUUUCCGUCUCACCUCCUCCGGAAGUAAAAGGCCCCGAACGGUCCUCGCGGUCGCAGAAGAAGAGGAGAAAACUGCGACAAUUGAAGACAAAGUAGAGGAUGUUGGGGAGGUUGGGGUCUCCCAGGAGGCAAGGGCUCGGGUGCGGCCCUGCGAGCUGUACGUCUGCAAUAUGCCUAGAAGCUGCGACGUUUCCCAGCUCUUGGAUCUCUUCAAGCCUUAUGGGACCCUGCAUUCCGUCGAGAUUUCACGGGAUUCUGAGACUGGUAUUAGCAGAGGGUGUGGUUAUAUUACAAUGAGCUCUAUUACAGAAGCAAAAGCAGCAAUUGCUGCCCUGGAUGGAUCUGAUCUGGGUGGACGUGAAUUGCGUGUUAAAUUUUCAGCUGAUAUGGUUACUGGUAGGAAAAACGUCGAAGCUCUGAAUACAGCACCUAAAAAGGAUAUCGUCUUUGAAAGCCCACAUAAAGUCUAUGUGGGUAAUCUCGCAUGGUCUGUAAGACCUGAAGAUCUAAGGGAGCACUUUAGCCAAUUUGGAACUGUUGUAAGUACGAGAGUUCUGUAUGACCGCAAAGGAGGGAAAAAUCGUGUUUAUGGAUUUCUUUCGUUUUCUUCUGCUGAUGAACUCCAGGCUGCAAUAGAGACAAGUGGAUUGGAAUUUCACGGACGAACAUUAUUGGUUAGGGAAGUUAUUAAUAGGGAAGAACAAUGAUGUCAAGGAUUUGAUUGAUAUAAUAUUGAAGAAACUUUUCCCUUUAAAUUCGUUUAAGGACCAGUGUUAUGCUACCACAUUCUCCUAUUAAAGAGCUUGAUGUGAGAAAAGAUACCUGCUGAUGAAGGCCUGCAGAGGACGUUUCUGAAGUUGAAAAUGGCUGAAUGCUACAACUGGUUGAUCCAUGAAAUUAUGUUGUUUAGUGAUUUAUUAGAUGACCACUAUUAGGUGCGUAUAUGACAUGGAGGUCAUGUUGCUAACUUUGAGAGUUGAGAAGGCAACUAAUUCUUGUACUUGUGAUUGCAUUUUCAAUUUGUGCAUGUAGAUAUCGGCAUGACAUUUUGUUCAGAAUAUCUGUUGCCAGGUUGUACGUGCUUGUUCUAAGAAUACCUUUAGAGUCUGUUUAGAUAUUCUAUGGGAUGAGACUGAAAAUUCUGUAGGAAUCGAAUCUGGCUUUUAUUUUUCUAA